CUCGUCACGCGGCGAUUGGUCGAGCGUGUUGUAAUUCAUUAGAACCUCGCGCUCUUUCAGCCUGCACUACUGCUGUCUGCUCGGAGACCGUGAUGAGGGUCGAAUGAAACAAACCUGAGGUCAAACUGCUCGUUUUUCUGUCGAUCUUUUGAUUUAAAUAGUGAUCGAUAGUUAAACGUAUUGGGUCGGAAUGCUGUCUGGAUAUUGAGCAUUGGAAUACACCCAGAGAAAAACUGCAAAUGGCCACCGUCGUGGAAAACCUGAUAGAUGGAGGGUCAAAAAAGGACAGAAUUCGACAGGCCAAAGAAAGAAGAGAGGACAAAGAUAAGAGCCAAGCCCUGCGGGAGCGAGCGCUGUGGGAGAAGGAGCAGCGGGCGCAGCAGCAGUACGAGCGCUCGGUGGUUGAGCGAGGCAGGCGUCUGGAGGAGCAGCGACACAAGGAGAUGCUCCGCCGCUCUGCUGUCGAGGAGAAGAGACGCCAACGCGUGGAAGACGAGAAGGAGCGACUGGAGGCCCUGAUGCGACGUUCCACGAACCGCAACCUCCAGGCGGAUCAGAGGCCCAAACGCUGGACGUGGUGCGGACCUCCGGGAGCCUGCGAGGGUGAUUCUAAGAUUGCCCCGCCUUGCCCUCCUGCUUCAGCCUCCUUAGCCAAUGAACAUGCUGCUCUCACUCCUGCCAGCAAAUCCAAGAAUGUCCAAGAUUUUAUGAUUCUGCCCGACUCUCCAGACUCUCUCCUGAGCAGACACCUCUCCUCGUCCUCUGCUACUUUGCCCAAUAUGACAGAGAAAGCCUCCUCCAGCCCUCACAGGUCUCCUUACAGGGCUUCACCCAGCAGAGCAGAGAGGAAGAAGGUCAGUGCUUCAUUCUGUGGACCACUGGACGACUCCAGAGGAGCGGCCACCACCCCGAAAACCCCUCAGACUGAGAAGCCGGAAAAAAGCAUCGCCCAAACUUUAGCUGACUCGACGAUGAAGAAACUGGAGUCUCCAACAACGCCCACUCGAAGCUCCUCCUCCACUCGCAAAAACCCCAGCACACCGAAAAGAUCUAAGUCUUGUAAGAGUCGUAUUCAGUCUCCAGCCUCUCCGGGUCAGUUUCCUUCAUCCCCAAUGAGACACAGAGCCACAACACCCAGUGCUGAGAACAGAAUUCGGGACGGGGAAGAGAAAAUUUCGGAGGGGAGUAAAGGAUACAGCACUCUAGAGAGAAAGAGCUCCAGAACUGAGAGAAUGCCCAAAUCCACAAGCAAAGAGUUUGGACACAACGCAGAGUCUCCAGUGACUCCCACUGGGAAAGCAGGUACGACUGAUGCUGAGGAGGCCUCCAGACUGCUGGCAGAGAGACGACGCCUGGCCCGAGUCCUGAAGGAGCAGGAAGAGAAACAGCGGCUGGAAGACGAGAGGCUGCGAGUUGAGGAGCUCCAGAGGCAGCAGGAGGAGGAGAGACAGCGCCAGGAGGAGGAGAAUCGACUGGCGGAGGAGAAAAGACUGAGGCAGGAGGAGCAGCGCUGUCAGAGAGAGAUGGAGGACAGACACCAGAAAGAGCAGCGCUGGAAAGAGCUCCAGGAUGACCUGGAAAGACAGAGAGAGGAAGCAGUGCAGCGCGUUCACAAAGAGGCCGAACGCAAGAGACAAGAGCGAGAGCUGCUCAAAAUUCAGGAGGAACAGGAGAGACUGCAGAGAAAGAAGCGUAUCGAGGAGAUUAUGAAAAGGACACGAAAACCAGAUGGAGAAAAGAAAGAAGAGGCGCAGAUGGAAGUCCCAUCCCCCAUUUCUGUCUCUCAGUCCAUCUCACCGUCUCCCUUGGAAACUGAGGGGAUCAGAGUGAUUAACAGUCCACCAAAAACAGCAUCUGAAUCUCCAGUCAUAUGCCUUGAGCCUCUGGAGGCAAAAAGCAGUUUGGCGGAUGAUCUAUCUGAUGGGGUUCAGUCUAUGGACGUCAGCCCAGUGUCCAGAGAUGAGCUUGUUCCAGAGUUUUCCCCCAUCAGCGAAAUCUCACAGAACAGCAUGAGUUCUGCUUUGGGCGAUAUCCUCGUUCUGACCAGGCAGGUCUCACAUCCCAAAGUGUCCGCUGCUCCAGCGUUUGGUGACUGCAACAAGAAUCUGAUCCAGGAUUGCAGUAGCGCCGCUAUUGACUCAUCACUUUUCCAGAGUCUUAGACCAGCCUCAGACAAGCUCAACAUAUAAUGUAAAGACAUCACUGAAGCAUGGGGCUGGACUAAACUGAUGCUGUCUGUGCUCCAGCAUCUCCAUGAGAGCCUCCUCCUCUGAACCAGAGAACAAGGACUGAAUGUCAAACCAUGUGUUAAUAGCAAACGAGGGACACCCUGAAGGCUGAAUCCCCACUCAAAAUAAACGUUUUGCCUGCUCCUCUAGAUAUUAUAUUUCACACCGUUUCACCAUAGUCUCACCAGACAACGCAACUGUAUUAGCGCCGUCCUAGUGGUCUUAUUCCUGUUAUACACCUGUAGCAUUGAUGAGUAACACACGUGACAAUUGUAGCAGCUCCAUUGUGUAAUUUGUUUUAUUUUGGGUUGCAAAAACGACCAGCAAAUCCGAGCUGAGUCCUGCUAAUUGUGCUGUAGUGUAUGGCCGGGGUUUGCAAACAGUAUAUCGUGUAAAUCCAAUGACUUCUCUGCGUCUUCUCAGCAAUCCGAGCUUUGUAGUCUAAAAGUGGAUAUAUGAAUAGAUGUAAAGUGUGAUAUUAUUCCACCAUAAACACUGGCAUUAAUGUAUUAUUAGUCAACGGUGGUUAGAAGUUAUAGCAGAGGGGGUGGGGGUGGGCCGUUAACAGAAUAAAGUGUACUUCUAAUGUAAUUUAUUGUGUAAAAGUUUAAAAAAGGAAUUAAAGGUGCACAAGUCGGUUGUGUUCAAUAGCAUAGUGCUUUUAACUCUUCAUAGACUUCUGUAUUGUUUUGUCGAAAUGACAUCAUUGCACACAGCUCUAUGCAGAACCAUACACGGCAACACAAAUCAAGGUAAUUCAGCAUUUGGUGACAAGAGAAGGAGUUGUACUUGCUGAGUAUGUUGCCUAUAAAUACUCUGUUUACCAUCUUGUACACUCAGGGUAAAAGUGAGCUUUGCAUGUGAGCUCAUUUGUGAUGUUUGGUCAUGUAUGAUGCUGUUGUGCACUGGACUGCUUCAGGACCAAUAAGAAACAGAUUUAUUGAAGGAUGUAAGUUUGUAUCUGUCUUCUAUCUAUCUAUCUAUCUAUCUAUCUAUCUAUCUAUCUAUCUAUCUAUCUAUCUAUCUAUCUAUCUAUCUAUCUAUCUAUCUAUCUAUCUAUCUAUCUAUAUUUCUGUCUAUCUAUAUUUCUGUCUAUCUAUAUUUCUGUCUAUUUAGAAACGUGGGAAGUUGAUUACAUUUUUGAUUUUACAGGAAGUGAUGGGAAAUUCAGCACUUCAAAAUGACAUUUGAGAAAAGGUGCAUGAAUCAGCUGCUUUGAAGUUGCCGAAUACUGACAUAACAAUAAAGUAUGUAUCACACUA